AGUUCCGGGGAACCGGGGGCCUCCGCGCUUCUGGUAUCCAGGUGUCUAGCUAGUUGAGGGCUGCUCCUCCGCGUAGGAGUAGCUGUGCCGCCGCCGGGAUCAUGGUGUUCUACUUUACCAGCAGCAGCGUUAACUCAUCUGCUUACACUAUUUACAUGGGAAAGGAUAAAUAUGAAAAUGAAGAUCUAAUAAAAUAUGGCUGGCCUGAAGACAUUUGGUUUCAUGUGGACAAACUGUCUUCGGCUCAUGUGUACCUUCGAUUACAUAAGGGGGAGAAGAUAGAAGACAUCCCAAAGGAAGUCUUGAUGGACUGUGCCCAUCUUGUGAAGGCCAAUAGCAUUCAAGGCUGCAAGAUGAACAACGUUAAUGUGGUAUAUACACCGUGGUCGAACCUGAAGAAAACAGCUGACAUGGAUGUGGGACAGAUAGGCUUUCACAGGCAGAAGGAUGUGAAAAUUGUGACGGUGGAGAAGAAAGUGAAUGAGAUCCUGAACCGAUUAGAAAAGACCAGAAUGGAGCAAUUCCCAGACCUCGCGGCAGAGAAGGAAUGCAGAGACCGAGAAGAGAGAAAUGAGAAGAAAGCCCAAAUUCAGGAAAUGAAAAGGAGAGAGAAGGAAGAGAUGAAGAAGAAGCGGGAAAUGGACGAACUUAGGAGCUAUUCAUCACUAAUGAAAGUUGAGAAUAUGUCUUCAAAUCAGGACGGCAAUGAUUCAGAUGAAUUCAUGUGAAUGGAGGAAGGACUUUUUAAAGAUGUGAAUUUAGGGACAGUUGCAAACGUUCUGAUUUCAUCAAUGUUCUGAGUUAUAAAAAAAAAACGAGUAAAAUUCUAUCUUCAUUCUACACAAAUAUUACCAACCUCGGAGUUAAAAAAACAAAGUGUUUCCUUUUUUGUCAACAGAAAAGGACCAGAUAUUUAUAAUAUAUUUGGACUUGAAAAUAGCAUAUAACUUUAGGAAAGUGAAAAUAUUUUUGCCGUACAUGUCUUAGUACCUCAUGAAAGUUGGCUGCCCUUGUUCUUGGGAUGGACUUUAGAACGAACCAGCUCUGAAAAGCGUUUGUUACUGUGCUCUGUCCCUGAAAACAGAUGUCUCAAAAAGCUUUUCAUAUUCUCAGAAUAGCUUCACUUCUGUUAAGAAGAAUGUAUUAGUGAGCAAUAUGUGCGAAUGUUCCCCUCAGCCUUGAUUUCCUGACUAGAGAAAAAGAGCUUAUGGGUUUUGAUGGUGAUAUUUCCAGAAGGUUGCUGGCUUCAGUAUUCCCAUUCCACUGUGUCAUCUGUCUCUUAGCAGAGUUCUCCUCAGCUCUCGGCUUGUCCUAACUUCUACCUUCUGCAUCCUUUUUCUGAGUGAGGGCCUCCCCCUAGAUAGCGUCGUGCUUAGAGAAGUAGUCUGUAUUCAUCAAGGUCGGGCGUGUGGCAGUGUUUUACCUGAACACCAAGUAACCCAAGCCACUCGCGUGACAACAUCCAGGCUCUGGAACCGUUUCUCAGCACUGAGGGGAGAAACAGGAAGGCAUGCUCUGAGUCCUUUCAGAGAAACAGGUUACCUGAUCUUUGUCUUGGGAUGCAGCCUAAAAUAAAAGUCCAUGUUGUGGGUGUGGUUUUAGAAAAAAAUUAAGCAUUUUACGAGCCAGCCAAGUAAUUUGUUUAUUUACCUUGAAAUAAUACUUAUUUUGAGGUGUAACCCCAGAGUUCAGAUUUCUCAAUUGUAGACCCAGUAACUUAAUAUGUAACACCACCACUCAUCUGAGCCGCCUGCACUGCAGUGUGAUUCCGAAUAGAAGGUAUAUUUUUAUUGCAGUCCCUGCAGAAAGAGACAAAACAAAACUAUGAAAGGGGAAGAGAACAAAGCCUACAGGUCAGGAGGCAUACAGAUUCACAUUUAAACCACACCCAGAGCUCUACAUGCAACGUUUUUUGUAUUCUUCACUGCAUUCUAACCCAACAAAAAUGAUCUCCUCCAACAAAUACUCUACCUGUAAAAGCACUUUGGAACUAUGGGUAAGACCAAAAGACUUAAGUGUUUCUGUUUAUCCCAAAUUGGUGUGUGGAGUUGAAAACUGGAAAAUUUCCCUGAGGCAUAGCUCAGCCAGAUUUUGAGAGGGGGUAUGGGAGAUAACUCCAGAAAUUAGUGAGUGUGUGUGUGUGUGUGUGUGUGUGUGUGUGUGUGUGUAAUAAUAUUCAGUGUGGGGUUCUGUGAUUUUGAAAAUGUAAUAAUAAAUCAUAUUUUAUUCGGAAGGACAUUGAUACAUGAAUUCUUAGAAUCUGCUCAUUAUCCCCGUCCUCAAGCUGGUUUGGGGGAUGAUCUGGCUCUAAAAAAUACCCUCAUCCAUCCAAGACUCAACGUGGCAGGUUCUAGAGGGGUAUCGUCUUCCUCCCCCACUGUCACAUGUGUGUCCCCCCUCCUGCUAGAUGCCCACUGGGCCAAAGCAGAUGACCUUUCCCAACCCCUCUCAGGACUGAGUGCAGGCUGGUCAGUGAGCUGGCCCUAGGCAUGUCUUUCACGCCGCGGCAGACACCCAAGACGGGGAGACCUUGCCUCUAGCACCACCUGUGUCACCUCAGCCUGCAGCGCUUCCGAAGGGCGCCUCCGUACCCCACCUCACAACAGGCAUAGCUAGGACUUUUGAAAUAGACCUCUACUUUUAGUGCAGUGUGAGAGAGCCUGGGUGGGGUCCAAAUUUUAAAUAUGUUCUAAUUCUCCCCUCACCCUGGUUUACAGUGCCAAGGCCUCUGAAUUCUCCGAGGAGUUGUUCUAGCUCUUGAGCUGCUUCCCCUGCCUGUGUGUGUUGGGCAGGCUUUUCCCCACCACCCGGGAUCCCAGAAAAGGAAAAAAAAAAAAAGGACAUUUUUUUCUCAAGGACGCUGGUUCAGUGCCAACAGGUCAAACUGCUGGCACCAAAGCCAUCUCAUUUCUUGCUGUUGGCAUGUGUCCUAAACUCCCUACAGGAAAAUUCCCAGUCGUCAUUUUUAUGAGCUGUGCCCUUGAUCAAAUCCCUGCAUCCUGAAGGCUUCUCUCCCUGUGUCUUGUUUCCCCACUCACCUGCAUGCGGGUGAGGGUCACAUUAUUGAAUUUUCUUCACACAAUUUACCUCUCUUUUAUUCUCACAGCUAAAGAACGUGUUUCACCUCUGUUGAUCUGGGGUCACGACCUUUGGGCAAGGGAGUUCUGUGCUGGAAUACAUACUCUCUCGAAGCUUCCCAAAGCCUGGGAGGUUCUGACAUUAGCAGAAUAGGCAAUAAGCAUUAGUUGAACCCCAUCAGUAGCUCCUGUUUAUUUUGUUGUAUUGUUUGUGACUCUGUCUCGAAGCACAGACUUGGGUGAGCCUUGUAAGUGUUGAGUGCCGGUUUCCCCCCUCAGGGAGGAAGGUGUCAGGCACAGCAGGGCAGGAGGAGACAGGAUUCAGCUCUAGCCUCCAGCUUGGAGCCAGUGCUCCUUCCCACCUCUGCAUCUGAGAGGGAAAGCCUGGUUCUCUGGGCUCUAGUGGGUUACAGGGAGAACUGCACAGGGUAGCGAAAUAGAACACUCUGCCGGUUUUUCCUAAGCUGUGUUGCCGAAGCCUGCUCUUUCUCUGUUUGACUGGAAGGGUGGCAUGGCGAAUAACGAAUCCCACACUCAAAAUGAGCAUAGUAAAGUCAGUGGGCAACCUUUUGACUUUAAAGUAGACUAUAAAACAGCCUAUAACUUAAUGUAAUCAGAAGUGUAAAAUUAGAAGCUUAAAUUCCAAGCUGACUGUAACCCAUGUAACUCCAGCAAGUAUGACUGCUCAGAAAUGAAGCCACUGCUGGUGCCCAAGCAGGCUCACAUUCAAGUUUCGCUUCGUGACAGCUCUUCUCUGCUGGGCACACGUGGGCCCCACAUGGGGCAAGAGACUUCAUGUGCAUUGGGUCAUUUCACAAACGAGAAGAUGUCAGCUGCACAUUCCUCAUGUCCCAGAUGAAUGAUAUGUAAAAUAUAAUAAAGGCUUAUAGUUUGAGUAGAA